UGCGCUUCUUCUCCAAUCUACCACCACCUGCGCUGUUCAGCAGCCCUCAGUUUCGCGUCACAUUUACCCAAUUUCUCGUCCGCUCAUCUGCUUAGCCAUUAUAUUUUCUAUCCGCGCGAGCGGCGGCGCGUUUCCCGAUGGCAACUGAAGGGGGCCAGUCGCCGGAGAGCGACGGCGAGGCGACGGCGACGGUGACGGUGGUGAUCAAGAACCCGUCGGCGUCGUCGCCGGGCGAUUUCAGGACGCAGGUGCGGGCGUCAGGCACGGUGGGCGACGUGAAGCGGCAGCUGCAGGUGGAGUACGCGGGGCACCCCGACCCCGCGCGGCAGAAGCUCAUCGUGGCGGGCCAGCUCGUUAAGGACUCGCUUCUCAUCCGCGACGUAUUUAAACAGAAGAACCUGAACGACCCGCAGGUGAUGCACCUCGUCGUCUCGUCGGCUGCCCCGGGCACCUCCUCCGCGCCCUCCUCCGUGCCGUCCACGGCGCACUCCAGCCGCUCUGUCUCGCCCACGCCUUCCUCCUCCUCCGCCCGCUCCCUCUCCCGCGCCACCCUCCCUGCCUCCACCCACGCGCCUGCUGCUUCCCCUGCGCCGCCUACGCCAAACCCUGCGCCCUUUGCGGCACUCUCUUCCGCGCCCUCUGCUGCGCCCUCUGCCGCGGCGUCACUGCAGCGCGCAGGGGCUGCUGCAGGGUCAGGGCAGGCUCUGCCCGUGGACCCGAGCGGGCCAGCUGCAGCGGCUCCCACUGCUGCUGUGGCCGCCCCCGCUGUGCCUGCUGCUGCAGCCGCUGGUCCCGGUGCAGCGGGUGCUGGGGGUACAGCAGGUGGUGGAGAGGCAGGGGGACGUACACCCACACCCACACCCACAGCAGCAGCAGCUCCCGUGGGCACACAGGCUGCUACUGCAGGGUGGGAGCAGCAGCAGGCCAUUCUUCAGUUGCUCUCUGCGUUGCACCACACCGCGCCCUCUGGACUGCCGCCUCUGCCCUUCGCUCCUCUCAUGCCCCCACCUUUCUUUGCCCUCCCACCACCGCACCCUGCUUUCACGCUGCCUGCCGUCAUGCCGCCUACCAACUCUGCCCUGCCUGCUCCUGGCCUAUACCCUCCUCUGUUCGCCUCCCCGCUGAUGCCCCUCUCCCUGCCGCCCACGCCCUUCCCAUUCACACCGCCGCUGCCCUUCCCGUCGCCCCUGCCCAUGCCUCGCGAUUCCCUGCCUCCCAUCGCCUUCGCCCCUCCCAUGCCGCCCUUCGCCUUCCCCCCUGCCAUGCCUCCACUGCACCCAGGCUCCAGCAACAGCUUCUCCUCCCUCCCGCCAGUGCUACCUCCCGCGCCCCCUCUCUCUGCCCAUGUGCCUACGCCUUCCGCUGCCAGCCCUGGGCCCCCCGCCGGCCCGUCUUCGCACCCCCUGCCUGCAGCAGCAGUGCCUGCAGCCGCGCCUUUGCCUCAGGUGGGGGCAGCGCAGCCACAGCUUGUUGCUGCCCCUGCUGCUGCCGCCGUGGCAGUGCCUGCUGCGGUGGGAGAGGAGGCGAACCCAGCACUGGCAAUGCAGCAGCGGGUGAGGCAGGCAGGGGCAGGGGGGGGGGCGGCGGAGGAGGAGUGGCAGCAGCAGCUGCAGCAGCGGCUGCAGGCGGUGAUGCAGGCGGUGAGGCAGCAGCAGAUGGCGGAGCACCACAUGGCGGCGGCCGCUGCUGCUGCAGCCGCUGCUGCGCCCAGGGGGGUGCCAGGUGGGCUGGCAGGGGUGCAGCCGGGGGGAGGAGUGGCAGUGGAUGCAGCAGCGCAGGCUGGCAUGGGGGGCGGGGCAGCAGUGGAGGGGGCGCCUCGCGUGCGGCGCAUUCAGUUCGCGAUCCGCAUUGACCUCAUGCUGCUGCUCAAGCUCACGCUGCUUGUCUAUGUCUUCGGCCAGGGCGGGGGCUACCGCCGCUUCUUCGCCCUCAUUGCCGCUGCGCUCUUCAUCUACCUGUACCAAGCGGGAGUGCUCUCGCCUCUCCUGCGCUGGCUGUCUGACCGCGCCCAAGCUGCCAUGGCUCUGCCGCCCCACCAACCCCACCCCGCCCCUGCUGCCAACCCUGCUGCUGCUGGCGCAGCAGCGCCUGGGGCUGCGGGGGGCGGGGGGGCAGAGGCAGCAGUAGGGGCGGAGGGAGCCCAUGGUGGAGGGGCGCCAGGCGGGCAAGCAGGCGCCCAAGCCCAGCAGCAGCAGCAGCAGGCGAGGGGGCGGGGGUUGCUGGCGGAGAUUCAGAUGUUUGUGGUGGGCUUCCUCACAUCGCUGCUCCCUGGCUUCCAGCCGCCCGACCACCUGCCAGGCCUGCAAGCCCAGGGCGAUCGCCCUCACCAGGAUUAGAACCCGUUUUGCCAGUUGCUUGCCUUGGACCUAGUGAAGACGUUUUAUUUCUGUUUUGUUUUCUGAAGUUCUAUUGCACGGCUGCUACAGUAAAUGUUUCCUGUUUCG